AUGCGACGGGAUUCUCUCACGAAUCUGUUUGAACAUUUCUGGUCCGGCAAACAAGUCGAUAACCCGUCUAAGACAUCGGACUUAGGCGUCGUUCCCUCGUUGGAGCCGCAUGACAAACACGAAACUUGGCAGAUGACAAUGUCGGGCGGCUCCCCGAGUGUACAGGACGGGUGA